AUGCAAUCAUGGUCAAUCGUACUUUUUGUCCCUAUGCUUUAUUCCGACAAAAUAACUGUCGAAGAGAAUGAACAAAUCAGGCAAGAAUGUGGAGCUCAUUUUCUCCGUGAGAAUUGA